AUGGCCGCUACCCCUGCAACCUUGCCCGUUCUGAAGUCAAUUGAAGACUUUAUAGAGGGUUCUUAUGAUUACAUUGUUGUUGGAGGUGGAAAUGCUGGACUUACUCUUGCUGGCCGUCUAUCAGAGGACCCAAGCAUCAGCAUUGCUGUAAUCGAGGCAGGUGGCGCUAAGAUUGGAGAUCCUGGAGUGCUGACGCCAGCCGCUUUCCCAAGUCUGUUCGGGAAGCCGGAAUAUGACUGGGAUUUCCACACCUUGCCGCAGGCAGGUACCAAUGGGACUAAACAUAGUUGGGCGAGGGGAAAGCUCCUUGGGGGGACUAGCGCUAUAAACUAUAUGAUGUACGCACGGGGACAGGUUGAAGAGUUCAACGACUGGAACAGAAUUGCAGGUGUUAAGAACUGGGGCUGGGACGGCAUUAAACCAUACUUUUCAAAGUGUGAGUCUUUUGACAAAAGAAUAUCUCCGGAAGAUAAAGACAGCAAGGACUAUUCCCACUUGGAAGAGCACCACAACUAUGAUGGUCCUAUCAAGACAAGUUAUGCAAGCUUCCGAUCAAGUUCUGAGAGAGCUUACCAUGAAGCCGCCAUCAACUGUGGUUUCAAAGUCCCUGUAGAUGCUUGGAGUGGUGUUAACCAUGGCAUUGGCGCCAAUUUAUCAACCAUCGACCGUAGCGGGCCCGGAACUCGAAGCUACGCAGUGACAGGCUAUUUGGUUCCCAAUGGCCAACGACCAAACCUCGCUGUCUUGACUGAUGCUCAUGUGGAGAAAGUCAUCUUUGAGAAAGGCACCGAUGGAACUCAAGUCGCUAAAGGGGUUGCUUUCUCCCAUGGUGGAAAGUCCUACACACUACUCCACAAAGGCGCAACUAUCCUCUCCGCAGGUGCAGUAAUGACGCCCCAGAUCCUCGAGCUUUCCGGUAUUGGAUCGAAGUCAGUCCUGGACAAGGCAGGUGUUGAAUGCCUAAUCGACAAUCCAAGAGUUGGCGAUGUUGAAGAUCACAUUAUGAGUGGCAUUACUUACAAUCUGGUCGACGGAGAAUUUUCGCUUGAUCAUGUCAACACUCCUGAAGUCUUUACCAAAUUAGCCAAGCAAUAUGCAGCUGGCGAAGGCGGUCCCUUGGCUCACGGUGUUUCAAACAGCGGGUUUCUCUCUCUUUUCGAUGUCAGCACCGAGGAGGAAAGAAAGAACAUUUACGAACUGGUCGAAACGCACAAGAAGACACUCACAAACGACUUCGACCGCAAGCGCGAAGAUAUGCUCUUGGCUCGGUUGAAAGAUCCCAAAGCUGCCAUAUUGCAAUUUAUUUCCCUCAACGUAAACAUCGACUUUGGUGCUAGACACGACAUGAGUAUUUUCCUGGGACAAUCUGUCGGCACAACCCGAUGGUCGACAUGUGUUGGUCUGCACCACUGCUUUUCUCGUGGGUCGAUUCACAUCACAUCCUCGGACCCGAAAAGCCCUCCAGCCAUCGAUGCUGCAAUCCUUGACCACCCUGUCGACGAGUUGCUCAUGUCAUUUGGCGUACGUCUCAUAGAUAAAAUACUCAAUACGUCCCCGAUGAAGGAGAAGCUCGCGAGCCGUGUCCGUCCUACCCCAGAGGUUGAUUUGAGCGAUACCGAACAAGCUGUCAAGUAUAUCAAGGGCCAUACAGGCACCGAAUUCCACCCAAUUGCAGGUGCAAGUCUGGGAUUGGUGGUAGAUGAUGAACUGAAUGUUAAGGGGGUGAAGGGUUUGAAGGUUUGCGAUUCUAGUAUCAUUCCAUUGCAUAUAAGUGGAAACACUCAGGGGAUAUGUUAUGCCAUGGGAGAGAAAGCUGCGGAUAUGCUCAAAGAGGACAGAAGAGCGGCGGCUACCACUAAGAAAUUGGGAGAAUUGACUUUGUAG